GUUACAGUAUGCUCCCCACACGCUGUCGAUGUGCAAGAAAAAAUGACUUCCUGCGACACUUUCCAAGAAGAUGAUCCCAGCUUGCCGGUUAUUGAGCCGCAGCGUCCCAGGGCUCUGCUAGGCGCCGGCGUCACCUCGCACGUUGAGGCUAUUGACCAAAACACCGCCUUGAAAAAAGCCCCAUUAUGGGACAAUACAUACAUGGACAAUUCUGCCCUCAGGGACAUCCAAACUGAGCGCCUGAUUUACCAGCGGCUUGGUCAUCAUCCGCGAAUUUGCAAAUACAUACGGCCAGUACAUCGCGGGAUGGUGCUUGAACGGUUGGGCGAUUCAUUGCGCAAGCGGCUUGUCCUGACAUACCAGAAGGCGGGAGAAGUCCCAUCGCAUGAGCUGGCGCUGAGAUGGUCUAUUCAAGCUGCAGAGGGAAUUGCAUACAUUCACUCCAAAGGGGUCUUGCAGGGGGAUAUUGGUUGUUACAAUAUGCUUUUGGAUGACGAGGAUAAUCUAAAACUUUGUGACUUUGCCGGAUCCUCUAUCGACGGGUCCCCCACGACAGUGCUCCACGGCACGAGAUCCCAGCUAUGGGUGGAAUCCGAAAUUCCUAGCAAUGAUAAUGCACCACCCACGAUUGCGUGCGAGUUAUUUGCUCUUGGCUCUGCGAUACACGAAAUAUGGACGACAAGACAGCCGUACGAAGAGCUGGAGGACAACGAAGUGGAGAAAUGUUACAAACAAAAACAAUUUCCAAUCAUUGACCUGCCUGUUUCUGAGAUUAUCUACAAGUGUUGGUUGGAGCAGUACACGGCUGCAGAUGAAGUGGUUGCCGAGCUGCAACAGUUGCAGAAUAAUGCGACCCAGAACUCCCACGAGAAAGCGCCUCCCAACCUCAAGACGGAACCCGAAUCCGAUUCACCGUUAACACAUAUCUUUACCACCAUAACAUUCAUCGCCUUCGUAACCGUUACCGCGACCGCCGUGAUUACCGCCAGACUUUAUCGAACAAGAAUGGCGUGAACCCGCGAGUUCACUUCGUCUAUCCGUACGUCUAGACAUCACUUUGUUUAGCUUAGACCUGGCAAAUUCAUCCCUUGUCACUUACGAUUCUGAGCUCCUCUCGUGUGCCCUUGCAAACUGGGCAAUCUCCUUUUUGGGUUGUCGAGCCGAAGAGAGCCGAUGUGUCUGGAGUCGCAUCGCGACAAUGACGAUACGUUCCUAUGGGGUUUGAGUUGUCGCAAAUGCUGUACCCCCUGUUUGUCACCUUGUGCUUCGGAUCUUGUUGGCAAUCUUUGUAAAAGAAAACUGUAUCGAUAUAGGUGCACAUCGUGAAUUUCAGGUUGCUUUUUAGUUGUUUUAAAAGUUUGCUCGUAUUUCAAUUGUGAAGGAUAUAGAUAAAAGUUUAAG